UCUUAUAAUGAACUGAGUUUUCUAGAUAUGGGUCUUGCACUGAGGAGAACUGGAGCGUUACGGCCGCGUCGCGUCGCUCGUAUGCAGACUAUAGACACCUGACAUGAGAGCUGAUAUUGUCCUUUAAAUGUAAAAGAAGACACGUAGACGUGUGCGUAGAGAUGAGUUUGAGGAUGUUAAAACUGUCUUGUAAAGCUCCACCUCUGGACGCGCGCACUGGGGCGGGCUCGAGACGCGUCUACCUGCUUCUGCCCCGUUAUUUAAAAGCUUCUGAGACUGACGCGCUGUCCACUCUACAAACAUAGGCUAGCCUACUCUGUGGGGAUUAGCCUAUGGUUAAAUCAAAGAAAUAAACGGAAAAGAUAUAUAUAUAAUAAGAAAAUACUGUCUUGGAAGUGACGGAUAGUCUUUUCUUUAUUCCUCGUUUUGAAUAAUAACUUUGAGGGGGCAUACAGAAGUUUCCAGCUGUCUUCUGUCCGGAACGAAGUAUCACGCCGAAGAAUUGAUGGAGAUUUUGCGAAUUGAAAAAUUCCCUGGACAACUGCAUCUGCUUUGCACGGGAUAAUACAGUUUUACCGAGACAGGUUACUGUUACGACCUGGUUUACAGCCUGAUCAUUCGAAAACCUAUAGUCAAUAACUUUUUUUUUUAUUAUUUAUUCUGUUGUUAUCUAUGUACUGGUGCUUUAAAGUACCCAGCACACUGACCUGAAGAUCCUAUAAUGUAACAUAAAGAAACUUUUAAUCUCAAGGGGAACACACAGGCAAAAUGGUUCUCAAUAAGAAAAAGGUUCUUUUCUGAACAAUUGAAGAACCCAAGGUCAUAUGGCGUGAAGCAGAGGAGAAGAGGACAGGACAGGACAUUGUUUUCCAAGUGAUUUUAUAUUUAGGAGUGAUUACACCCUCAUCAUCAUCAUCAUCUUCACAGACUGGAUGUAAAGAUGAAAAGCGUCUGGUUUGCUCUGCUGGGCUUCUUGUGGAGCUCAUAUUUGGCAGGUAGUUCUGUACUGAACGGCUCUGAGCUUCAGCCCAACUUUAUACAUCGGAGGUUACGGAAUCAGGAGAAGAGAGAGAUGCAGAAAGAGAUUCUGUCCAUACUGGGACUGAACCACAGACCCAGACCUCAUCUGAACGGCGGCAAAUAUAAUUCAGCACCCCUCUUCAUGCUGGAUCUGUACAACACCAUGUCCACUGAAGAGAAAAGCGACGUGGAUCAGUACAGAUCACUGUUUACCACCACACGACCCGCUUUAGCUUCACUUCACGACACCGAGUUCCUGCACGACGCGGACAUGGUCAUGAGUUUUGUAAAUUUGGUGGAAAAUGACAGGGAGCUGUCUCCACAGAGACGACACCAUAAAGAGUUCAAAUUCAACCUGUCCCAGAUCCCAGACGGAGAGGCCAUCACAGCUGCAGAAUUCAGGAUCUACAAGGAGUGUGUCACCAGGGCCUUUCGCAAUGAGACAUUCCUACUUAGUGUGUUUCAGGUGGUUGGGGAACACCCAGACAGGGAUGCUGAUCUGUUUCUGCUGGAAUCUCGCAAGCUGUGGCCGGCUGAAGAAGGUUGGCUGGAGUUUGACUUUACAGCAACUAGCAAUCUCUGGGUGAUGAGCCCACAACAUAACUUGGGUCUACAGAUCAAUGUAGAGACCAGCAGUGGAUGGAGCAUCAGUCCCAAGGAAGCAGGGUUAGUGGGUCGGGAUGGUGCUCUGGAAAGGCAGCCUUUCAUGGUGGCCUUUUUCAAAGUAACCGAAGUCCGUAUUCGCUCUGCCCGGUCAACGGGCAGACGUCGUCAACAGAACCGCAAUCGCUCCAACAGUCCUCAAGAGGCGACAAAGAGCACCGCUCAUACAGAUUACAACAGCAGUGAUCAGAAGACCGCCUGCAAAAAGCAUGAACUGUAUGUCAGCUUCAGAGAACUGGGCUGGCAGGACUGGAUUAUUGCACCUGAGGGCUACGCAGCAAGCUACUGUGAUGGAGAAUGCUCUUUUCCCCUAAACGCCCAUAUGAAUGCUACUAAUCAUGCUAUAGUACAGACACUGGUCCAUCUGAUGAAUCCAGAGAACGUCCCAAAGCCAUGUUGCGCUCCCACCAAACUGCACGCGAUCUCCGUGCUCUUCUAUGAUGACAACUCCAACGUCAUUCUGAAAAAGUACAAGAACAUGGUGGUGCGCUCAUGUGGCUGCCACUGACAUGGGACACGUACCCUCCUGCCCGACCGCUGCAUCGCAGACACUGACAAAUGUGUGUAAGGACUGACAAAACGAAAUGACAAGCGUUAUGAACAAAUGUGAGAGUAUGUCUCGACAGUGGAUCCAGGUUUGCUGCUUCUCCUUAUCUUCCUGCCGAGAGGAUGUCCAUCUGAAUCUACAGAUCAGAAAAUGAACCCAAAGAAAAUGUAAAUUAUGAGCUAAAAUGCAAUACGUAUUUAAAUUUGUUUACUUACCAAAGUCUUUAAAGGGGUCAUGUCAUACAUAAUUUAAUUUCUGAGUUCCGCUUAUAAUAUUACAAAAGUUGUACCAAAAAAGCCAAAAUAAUACUAUUUUAAACCUUUUUUUUGCUGCUAUGCCUUUAGACAUCUUGUUCUACAGUCUUUAUCUGUCUGCUGUUCAAUAGUUCCAGAACAAGUUGUUUUUGCAACUUUCAGGAACGUCCUCCCCAAUAUAAAUAGACAAUUUGAGUUACAGUAGCUCUUUUAUCUCAAAAGAAACUUUGGAUCCUCUUGAUAUGACCCCAUUUUCUAUCUAAAAAAAUCCUGAAGCAAAGAAAUCUGAACAGGAAAGUUUCUACUGUUUCGUCUAUUUUUGAUGAAGUCACUUGAACCCACAGGACUCUAUUUUAGGUCUCAAGAAAAUCAAAUUAUUUUAAGUUUCUCAAUAUUUGCUCUGCACUACCUGUGGUUUGCAUCAGUGACUCAGAGCGAGUGGUUACACACUUCAACAGAACUCAAAGAACGGAACCAUUAUGUUGCCGUUCCAAGGAUGGAACUCUUUCUUUUUUUUUUUUGACGCCAUCAAACACCACAGAUCUAUAAUUUUCCUGAAACACCUGCACCUCGGAUGGCUUACAUCCAAAACCUCCCACAAGACACAAGGACCUACGGAUAAUUUAAGCGUUUUCAGCAACAAACCAAUAUUCUAUGCCAACAUCCUCAUAUGGGCUGUAGAUUUUCCACCAUCUCAUGUCAAUAUUUAUUGUCAAAAUUUUACUAUGCAGCUACCCACUGUGAGCCGUUGAAUGGUACAAAGCUCUUUCUGGACAGGCUACAUGUGUAUUAAUCAUCAUUGUAGCAACAUCAAUAACAAUUUUCCAAAUAUUGUCAUUUUUAUGAUACUAAUUAUAUCACAUACCUCCCAUAAACUGCUGUUUACAUGUCUUAACCAUAUUUGGAUGUUUGUGUGUAAAUACUUGUACAUUUUACAGUUUAUUUAUUGCUCCUUUUAUGAAUCAUACACCACAGAGAUCAUAUAACAAAAGUAAAGAAAAUUAAAACGGCUAUUUUUGGAAAAAGACAUUUUAUUAUGAAAUUUGUCAAUGUGCCUUUUUUUGUACAAAACCCCCAGGCAAUGUGUGUACCUCUCUCACAAACGACAAAAAUACUGCGUUUUUCAUCGAGGUCGGCCUUGACCAUGUGCCUCCCAUAAAGACUGAAUAUAUGUGGUUUCUCUGAUUGCUUUUCCCUUCCUUCUCUUUCAGAUCCAGUAAAAGAGAAAAAUAAACAUUUCAGUGUGGGAACAUUUAAAAGGAAAAAUGUAAAUUACAUUCGUAUAAAUCAAUGAAACCACUUGAGAGCGUCAGAGAACACAUAGAAGUACUAUCAACAUUCUUCAAGCAUUGAUACCAGGCAACACUAGUGUCUGAAUGAAGUGGUUGACUGCAUGUGAAAGCCAUCAAGACUGCA